UCCGUCCUUCCCUGGAGCAGCCUCUCUCCGCCUGCACAGGCUCAGCCUCGGGACAGAAGGUGGGGCCGGAGGCGAUGGCCGAGGGUGACCCCGGCGUGUUCACGGCCACGGCCCUGCCCGGGGACCCGCGGCUGCUGCCCACGGUGACCAACGCCUUCCUGGGCACCCGCGUGUUCCGGGACAUCCUGCACGCCGCCGGCGUGUACAGCGGGGCCGCGGGGGACACGCACCGCGCCGAUGUCCCCAGCCCGCUGGGGCUGCGCAUGGCAGCGCCCACAGCUCCCAGCCUGGCCGAGAGCUUCACCCUCAACACCUGGACAGGGACCUUCAGCCACACAAUUCGGUCCCCUGGCUACACGGCCACCCACCAGCUCUACGCCCACCACUCCCUGGUGCACCUGAUGGCCUUCAGCAUCACCAUCGAGCGACUGGAUGCCUCCACACAUCCCAUCACCAUCCAGCUGCAGAGCCUGUUCGUGCCGCAGAGCCAGGACCUGGAUCUGACCCCAGGGCCAGACUUCCAGGGAGCGCACUACAUCUACGGGCAGACGCUGGUUCCCGAGGUGGAGGGGGGCCCCCGUCCCACGGUCCACAUGCUCUGGACCCCCAUCCCGCCGUCGCUGACGCUGGCCGGGGAGGAGCGGGAGCGGUGCUGGCAGUUCCUGACGGCCGUGGCCGGGAGCGAGGAGGAGGCGAAGCGCAGCUACAGCGCGGGGCUGUCCCUGCUGGCCGCGGGGUCCCUGCUCCGCUCCCACCUCCGCGCCUGGGCUGCGCUGCGCCGGGGCUGCUCCGUGGAGCUGGACGGGCCCCCGGCGCUGCGCCAGGCGCUCCAGGGCUGCCUCUACUACCUGCUGAGCGCCAUCCCGCCCCGGGACAGCCCCGCGGUCCCGUUCCACGGCAUCAGCCCCGGCGGCUUGUCCAAUGGCACCCGCGGCGAGGAUUACUGGGGACACGUCUUCUGGGACCAGGACACCUGGAUGUUCCCGAAUAUCCUGCUGCUGUAUCCCGAGGCUGCCCGCGCCAUCCUGCAGUACCGGAUCCGCACGCUGGAGGGCGCCAGGCGCAACGCGCAGGAGCAGGGCUACGAGGGUGCGAAAUUCCCGUGGGAGAGUGCAGCCACUGGCCGGGAAGUGUGUCCUGAGGAGAUCUACGGAGCCCAGGAAAUCCAUGUCACCGGGGAUGUCCUGAUGGCCUUCGAGCAGUAUUACUGCACCACGCAGGACCAGAAGCUGUUCCGGGAGGACGGAGGCUGGGAGCUGGUGGAAGCUGUGGCUCAGUACUGGUGCAGCAGGAUGGUGUGGAGUGAGGAGGAGCAGCUCUACCACAUCAGAGGUGUCAUGCCCCCAGACGAGUACCACAGCCAGGUCGAUAACUCAGCUUACACCAAUGCCGUGGCGCGGCGCAGCCUAAAUUUUGCUGCUGACAUGGCUCGGGACCUGCUGCUCCCAGUGCCAGAGGAGUGGGAGGACUGUGCCAGGAGAAUCAAAGUGCCCUUUGAUGAGGAGAGGAAAUAUCACCCUGAGUACGAUGGCUACAGCCCAGGUGAGCCGGUGAAACAGGCAGAUGUGGUCCUGCUGGGGUUCCCACUGAUGCAUCCCAUGAGCGCCGAGGUCCGGAGGAAUGACCUGGAGAUGUACGAGCCCGUCACUGACCCAGCUGGACCAGCCAUGACCUGGAGCAUGUUUGCCGUGGGCUGGCUGGAGCUGAAGGAGCUGCAGAGAGCCUGGAGCCAGCUGGAAAAGUGCUUCAGCAACAUCACUGAGCCUUUCAAGGUCUGGGUGGAGAACUCAGACGGGUCAGGAGCUGUGAACUUCUUGACAGGGAUGGGUGGAUUCCUGCAGGUCGUCCUCUUCGGCUUCACGGGGUUCAGGAUCACAAAGUCCAGCCUACUCUUCGAUCCCGCCUUUCCCGACAGUAUCACCAAGCUGAAAAUCUGCAGCAUCUCCUACUUGGGCAACAGACUGGAGGUCACCAUCACCAGGGAGGAGAUCAGGAUGGAAGUGACUGAGACCUCCCAGGACCCUCCAGCAUCUCCCCUGGAAGCUGUUCUGGAGUCAGGACAGCGCUUUCCCCUGUGGGAAGGGCAGAGCGUCUCCUUCCCCACAGCGCCUGGAUGGAUCCAGAGGUCACCCAGCAGAACCCCCUAAACCCUGACUGAUCCAGGUGUUGCCCACUGGAGCAGCAGAUCUGGGAUGUUGGUGGGUGGAAAGGAAGUGUAAGACUGUGCCAGGAGGCCUUUGCCCCACCAGGACUUUUUGCCCCACCUGUCCCUUUGCCCCACCUGUCCCUUUGCCCCACCUGUCCCUGUGUGCCACCUGUCCCUUUGCCCCACCUGUCCCUGUGUGCCACCUGUCCCCCAGGGGCUCCGUGGCUGGAGCUGUCACCACUCCCCUCCACACGUCUCUUACUCCACACAAGAGUGGAAACCAAGCUUGAAAAUGACCAUUUCAAACAUAUUUGCUAAACACUCA